CUCCCAAAAACAAGCCCUAAUUAUCUCCAAAUUCCCAAUUUUCACACACACUAAAAAAAAUGGAAUCAAAAAGACAAAUAAUUGAUUCUUUAACUUCACAUAUUUCACUUUACAAUUCCCAAUUACCAAAUUCAUCACCUUUAUCAAACCCCAAUCCAAACCCUAGAUCCUCAAUUUUAAAAUGGUUUAAAUCACUCACAGUUGAUCAAAGACAAUCUUAUUUAACAAUUGUUGAUAAGUCUUUUACACAAUUAUUGAUUCAAUUGCAAUUGAAAGUCAAAAAUAAUGGAUGUGGUUUGUUUAUCAUACUUCCUGAUAUUCCAUCGUCGAACCCGAACAUACCCAGUUUCUGUUACCGGAAAUCUGGAGGGUUAUUGUUGAGAAAGCACGAAAAUUCGGUGACCCAGAUGGCUGUUAGGGAAUCUUUGAGGUUGUUUGAUUCAAAAGAAGGUGAAAAGGUUGAAGCUUUAUGUUGUUGUUUGGAUUCGGUUACGGUUAGUAAAGAGUUUAUUGAAAAUGUGGAUAGAUUUGUUGAGAUAAUGGACGAUAUUUCGAAUGGGGAGUUUUUGAGAGGUGAAGAGAGUGUGUUGGUGAUGGGAUCAUUGGAUUGGGUUGAAUUGAAUUGGUUGAAAGCAAAAGGCUAUUAUAGUGUCGAGGCGUUUGUUGCGAAUAAGUUGGAGUUGGCUUUGAGGUUGGCUUGGUUGCAUUCGAAUAUCGGGAAGAAGAGAGGAGUGAAGUCAAAAGAGAAGUCUGCUUGUGCAAACGCAGGUGUGGCGCAAAAUGUGUUUUGGAGAAAGAAAGGGUGUGUGGAUUGGUGGAUGAAGUUGGAUGAUGUCACAAAAAGGAAUGUUUUCAGGGGAGUACUGGGAAAAGCCGCUAGAGCUUUGACUCAUGACAUUUUGUAUGGAAGAAGCACUGGUAUGGAGGACGAGUUGCAUACCACUAGUGGGAGAGAUAGACGAUCCUUGAGAUACAACGACCCUAGGUCGCGCCAAGCGAGCAUCAAUAUUCUUAAAGGGAAAGAUGUAGAAUCAGGGUCAACUCUUUUUAUUCCUCUGCCUAAUAAUUUAUCUUCAAUAGCCCAUAAAUUGAAUCAGCUUUUAGUUGUUUGUGAGAUUUCAUCAACGUUACUAGCAUUUGAGCAUGGCCAAUUUGAUGAGGAGUCACUUUUCUUUAGCUCACUGGGGUCUCUUAGUACUAUUUCUGAUCGCUUAUUAAGGAGAUUGCGGGGUUUACUCAUGGUUGUUUCUCUUGAUUUCACGAAACUUGAACUUCUUGAAGAUCUAAGUUCAACCAAGUCUGUAAAGAAACCAAAAUCGAAAUCAAAAUCUGUUUCUGGUAAGAAGGGGAAGUCACGUGAUGUAAAAAACCCGAUUCCUAUUCAAAAAUCACUUGACAGUAAUUCCACUUCAGACAAGCCAGCCAAGGUUGAGAGAGAUACGUUGAAUAUUCAAAUAAACGAUCUCAAAAGUGAUGCUCCGUCGACACCAGCCGAAAUGGAACAUGACAAUGGUAUCAUCAAUGGAACAGUGCAAAGAACCUCAAAGAAGAGUAAGAGAGCAAGAAAGAAACAUAAAAAGGAUGGCAUAAGCAAUCAAGUAAAAAAUAUCGAUUCCCAUACUGCUUCUGCAAAAUCCAGUUUGUCAACUGAUGAUCACAAAUUGGUAUCCGAGAUUUUUGACAACAAAAUAGUUUCCAAUGGUAUAAGCAUGGUUGAAAAUCUAGUAGAAGCUAAUGAUGUGUCACCUGAUACCUUACCUAUGGUUGAAAAUGGUCAUAUCAUUGAAAGUCAACAUAUUGACUCUAUCGAGCCUGAGCAUAUAAAGGAAGUAGAUACACACUCUUUAGUUUUUAGCAAGGAAAAUAAAGAACAAAAUCCGGUAGUUGUUCAUGAUGUUGGACCCGUGAGCUUUGCGGGAAACCCACCAUACGAGUGGCAUGGUGCAUCACCCCAAUUAUCAUUUGUAAACCCACACCUCCCCGCCACUACAGAUAGAUUACAUCUAGAUGUUGGUCACAACUGGCAAAAUCAUUUUCACCAGUCGGGCUUUGUACACACAGUUGGGCUUUGUACACAUGAUAAUCAUUGGGUUGGUGAAGACGAUUUUGCAGUUUCAGGAAUGGAUUAUAGUCAAUAUUUUGGUGGCGGUGUGAUGUAUUGGGAUUCUUCUGAUCACCCUGUGGCUGGUGCCACCUUUUCUCGCCCACCCUCUCUUAGCUCAGAUGACAGCUCAUGGGCUUUGCGGGAAGCAGAUAUGAACCAAACCGUUGAUGACAUGGUCGCGUUUUCAUCCUCGUAUAGUACAAAUGGGCUGACAUCACCGUCCGCCGCAUCAUUUUGCACGCCUUUUGAUCCACUUGGCUAUGUUAUACCCAGUGAGGUAGCUGGUAAAAUGGCUGACUUAUCCGAUGAGAACAUUCCUGGCUCUUUAGCAACUUUCCCAGGUGAUAUCGAAGCAAAGACUGGAGAUUUAUUCCCGUAUCCCAUUUUACGACCUAUUAUAAUUCCCAGUAUCUCACGGGAUCGGUCACGGGAAUUCAAACGUAAUUAUGAACACAGAAGCCCAUGCGUUCCUCCUAGCAGACGGGAAGAACCUCGAAUUAAGAGACCACCAUCACCUGUUGUGCUUUGUGUUCCACCUGUUCCCGAUUCCAGAAAGCAACGAGCCUUUCCCACUGUUCGAUCGGGUAGCUCGAGUCCACGGCAUUGGGGCGUCAAAGGUUGGUUUCAUGAUGGGAUUAGUUUUGAGGAGGCAUGUGUUAGAGUUGAUGGUAGUGAAGUUGUUUGGCCUUCAUGGAGAAAAAAAAGUCUUUCAGCUCGUCAGUUGACUCAAAACUUACCUGGAGCGUUGUUGCAGGAUCGUCUCAUUGCUAUAUCACAGCUAACGCGUGAUCAGGAACAUCCUGAUUUGGCGAUCCCUCUUCAAUCACGUGAAUUGCAUGAUUGUUCUACUCGGCUAGCAUCUCUUCCCGUCAUGCACAGUUUACUAAACGAUGAAAUUGACUCGUUUUGUAAACAGGUGGCUGGGGUCAACUUGAGUAGAAAACCGUAUAUCAACUGGGCGGUAAAAAGGGUCACACGCUCUCUUCAGGUGUUAUGGCCACGGUCCCGAACAAACAUUUUCGGUUCAAAUGCAACGGGCUUAUCCCUUCCAACAAGUGAUGUUGAUCUUGUGGUUUGCCUUCCUCCUGUUCGAAACUUGGAACCUAUAAAAGAAGCAGGAAUCUUGGAAGGGCGGAAUGGAAUCAAAGAAACUUGUCUUCAACAUGCUGCUCGAUAUCUAGCUAAUCAAGAAUGGGUAAAGAACGAUUCCUUAAAAAUUGUUGAAAAUACCGCUAUACCCAUUAUCAUGCUCAUUGUGGAAGUUCCUUCAGAUAUUGUUGUUUCUGUUGACCAAGAAAACUGUUCACAAAACGAUACCAGUGUGCAAACAAUUCGGAUUGACAUUAGUUUUAAAGCCCCAUCACACACUGGAUUACAAACUACAGAACUCGUUAAGGAGCUCACUGAACAAUUUCCUGCAUCUACCCCUCUCGCUUUAGUGUUAAAACAGUUUUUAGCUGAUCGUAGUCUGGACCAAUCUUAUUCGGGUGGUCUGAGUUCCUAUUGUUUAAUUUUGUUGAUAACACGUUUUCUUCAACAUGAACAUCAUUAUGGGAAGCCGAUUAAUCAAAAUUUCGGAUGUCUUUUAAUGGAUUUUUUCUACUUUUUUGGGAAUGUCUUUGAUCCACGCCAGAUGCGGAUUUCGGUUCAGGGUAGUGGUGUGUAUAUAAAUCGAGAGAGAGGGUAUAGUAUAGAUCCGAUUUAUAUUGAUGAUCCUUUGUUUCCUGCAAAUAAUGUUGGGAGAAAUUGCUUUAGAAUACAUCAGUGUAUAAAGGCGUUUGCAGAUGCUUAUACUACUUUGGAGGAUCAACUUGAUAAAUGUGAUUCGACUAAUGAAUCGAUAUCAUUGAAGCUACUCCCCCUAAUUAUUCCCAGUAUUGCUCCUUUAUAGAUGAUUUUAUCAUCGGAACCUUCAUAUAUGUCAUAUGUGGAAACACAUAGUUUCAUCGGUUGACAUCUAGAGGUCUUCUAGGCUGAAGUUUUUCACCAAUGAGGAUGUCAAUAGCCAUGUUGACCGCACUAGUAUCCUUUCCUGAUGAAAAUAUUGGUUUACUGUCCCUUGGGCAUCAUCUAUGAAGGCUGCUUCAGGAUCAAGGAUGGAUCGGGAUUCUUACCAUUUCUACCCUUGCAUUUCACUCCAGUGGAUUAGGAGGUUAUAGUUGCAGAGUUUCAGUAACUUCCAACUAAAUCCUUUUCUGGACCUACUGUCUUCAGGGCUGGAACAUAUAUGCUAAGGUCUGAUUCAGGCUAUGUUUUCAUCUGGACCGGGUCAAACAGGGUAAAAAAAAAAUAACAAACAGAGAACUGGAUACGUCUGAAUCAUGUUAAUCGUAAAACUAGGUUACCUGUUUUAAUUUGGACCCAACCCACCUGACCCCUCUUUUAUGCUGCCGUUCAUUGCAAACAGUUUGUUGGACCCGUUCGCUUUUCCACCUUUUAGGUGCGCCUCCGUGGUCCCUUUGGGAGCUAUACUGCCUGAUGUGUUUUGCUUCACCAAAUUGAGUGGCUAGAGAUAGGGACACCACACACAUGUAUGGGGUUGGCGAUGGUUCAUUGAUUGAUUCUUCACGAGGAUCUAUCCCACCCCUCUCAAAGCUUCCAGUAUCAUUUUCAUGUCACUUGAUUGGCUCUAUUUAACGAGUUGCAGUUCUUAAGUUAUAUAUGUAUCAAUGCGAUAUGCAUUUCUACGGUCGUGAUGGUAAAGUUAGUUGUCUCCCUGCCUUGCAGGCUUCAUGAAACUACAGUCCUGGUAAUUUAUUUGGCCUGCUCCUACUCAUUAGCCCUUCAGUAGCUAUAUAAUUUUUCUUAGUUUGUAAAGUUUAUAAAUAAGAAUUAGGUGAUUUUGUUCUAUUAUUUUUCUUCAAUUUGUAUUUGAUUAGGAGAUAGCCUGCCUCUUGAAAGCAAGUUGUAGUUAGUAUGAAUGGUUAUAAGAAGAUUACAAUAACUGAACUCUAGAACAUGUACUUUUAGAAUUUUUUGGUUAUUAGGAAUUUGGCUUCAUAGGUGUCUGAAUGUUUGUUUUAAA